UGUGUGGAUAUUCUCGGUAGGAGUAGGAUUUUAACCAAUGUUUAUGUCCCGGGGGAAGUUUGUACGUUUUGUUUCUUUUAUUCAUCGAUAACCUCCUCGCUCUCUCGCAUCCACCAGUCUCCCUCGCUUAGCAUCUCUACCUCCGGUUGUUCCUCGUACGGUUCCUACAUUGCAUCUCUGCUAGGGUUCCAGAUUCUUCAAGAGGAGGUAGAGGGCUUUUCGUGCCACCGAAUUUCGAGAGUUUAUGAUGACGUAUCGGGAGGAAGAAGCUGGGGGUGAUGAGGUGGUGCCGGAACUGUGUCUGAGAGUUGGGGGCGACGCUAACAAUGGGGACUACGUGAAAUUGAAGCAGGGUCCUCACGAUCGGGAAACCGAGGAAGGUUUUGGUGGGGUGGGGGAGCCUUCGUCUCCGAGAAGAGGAGGGUGUUUGUGGUACUGGGUCAAGUUGUUGGUCCUUUGUAUCUCCAUCGGCCUGUUGGCUGCGGUUUGUAUCAAAUGGGUCGGACCCUUUUUCAUGGAUAAGGAGAUUAUCCCAAUUAUAAAUUGGGAGACAACAACAUUCAGUACUCCAGUUCUGGCUGUUCUGGUCUUUGCUUCUUUGGCAUUAUUCCCUGCCGUACUUUUACCAUCUUCACCCUCUAUGUGGGUAGCAGGGAUGACUUUUGGUUAUGGCUACGGAUUUUUACUAAUCAUAUCAGCGGUGGCUGUUGGUGUAUCACUCCCAUUUUUCAUUGGCUCUCUUUUCUAUCAUAAAAUUCAAGGGUGGCUGGAAAAGUAUCCAAAGAGGGCUUCUGUACUAAGAGCAGCUGGUGAGGGAAAUUGGUUUCAUCAGUUCCGAGCUGUGGCAUUAAUCAGGAUUUCUCCUUUCCCUUACAUCAUAUAUAACUACUGUGCUGUGGCGACAAAUGUUAAGUAUGGUCCUUACAUCUUGGGGUCAUUGGUGGGGAUUAUACCGGAAAUAUUUGUUGCAAUCUACACUGGAAUCCUUAUAGGGACAUUGGCAGAUGAGCGGCACUCCCUUUCAGCCCAACAAAUUGUCUUUAAUGUUGUUGGUUUUGCUGCAACUGUGGCUACCACUAUUUUCUUCACACUGUACGCGAAAAGGCAGCUCAAGGGACUACAGAAUGAAGACGAGUUAUUAUUGCAGUAAAGCUUCUGGUCCUAGUUUGGGUUAGGCGAAAACCAUCUUCCACGGGCUUGUUCAGAGUUGCAUGUUAAACAUGGUGCAUUUCUGGGUGAGGCUUUAUUUAUCAAAACGACUUCAUCCAUGGGAGUGGUUGGUAUAUAUGAUUAAUUGAUGCUAUGUAAGCAGUGUGGUAGGGAACAACGGAGUAGAAGCCAAGACAGACACAUCUAACAUGAUUGACAUAUAUGUUGACACAGCAUUCAUUCUCUCAAAAAUUGCUUUCUUCCUCAAUCCUCGUUUGUAUAUGAUUGAACGGUUAUGCUUUAAUAGGGCUCAAAUUGACUUGGACAGGCUGAAAUUAAAUGUUCCAUGUUGUCUUGUUGUAGACCAUGUGUAAUGUUCUACAGAUUUUUUAGUUU